AUGAAGUCACAACAUGACGACGCUGUUGCUGCUGCGAUAAAAACCGAAAUCAACCAUUUUAUGUCAAUUGCCUGGUGUCGCCCUCACCUAUGCGAUCCAAGCUUUCUGCCUGUUGACAAACCCCGAGAAGCUACGCCAGACCACGGACACACGCUACUCGGCAAGACAUGGUUCACUAAGGACACGCUUCCGCAUGUGCUCACUUUGUAUCGACAACAUUCUGCCACAGAAGGCUGCAGGGGCGAGAUCCGCAGAUUUCAUACGUUAGGCACGGGGCUAAACGAACAUCCGAAUAUCUUUCACGGUGGAGCCAUUGCCACCGUGUUAGAUAGUGCACUGGGUGCUCUCGUCAGGAGUGCGAUGCCUGAUGGGAGGCCAGGAUAUACGGUUGCGCUGAACAUUACAUAUAAGAAAGCUAUUAAAACACCGGAGACGAUUAUGGCACGUUCCUGGAUCACAAAGAUGGAGGGGAGGAAAGUUUGGGGUCGUUCGCAGAUCGAAAGCAGCACCGGCGAGAUCCACGCGACUGCAGAUGGGAUUUUUGUCAAGGGGAGUGCAAAAAUCUAG